AUGGAUUCGCUCUCCGGUAUCUUUCCAUCCAAUGUUAUCGUUGAAAUCCUCGCUUGCUUACCAGCCCGGUCUCUUGUCCGGUGCCGGUGCGUCUCCAAGUCGUGGCGUUCGCUCUUGUCCGAGCCAUACUUUGUGACGAAGUGGUUGAAUCGCAGCGGGACUUCCCUCCUGGUGGUCCCGUUGAAAUGGGAAAAUCGUGACGAGUGCUCUUUAGUGUUUGAAAACGUGUCCAUCGGGAAGGAGAAUUUGAGGCUGCCACUGGGGAACAUAUGGUUUUCUCUAUCUGUGGUCGGUUCGUCCAGCGACGGUGCUCUAAUUUGCUUGACCGGUCUUUCUUACGUAAGCCAUCGUUCGAGCAACCAAACCGUUAUCCUGUGGAGCCCGUUCACGGGCAAAGUCAAGGCCCUUGGCUACGAGGAUUACAUCUACUGCCACCAUAGGCCCUAUUGCUCCGAGUCUCUAAUUCAGGGCUACAAUUCGGGAUGCUGCAGUCAUUAUGAUGUCCACGGUUUCGGGUACGAGCCAAAUGCCCGGGACUACAAGGUCGUGAGGAUUACUUAUUCGGGUGGCGUCGGGAGGCGAGCUGAGUAUCCGCUAACACCAAGGCGUGUCGAGGUGUAUAGCCUACGCAGGGACGCAUGGACGAGCCUGAGCAUUCCCGAUUUCACAUGGACGAUUCGUGGCAAUUCGCGGGCAUUUGUUAACGGGUCCGCGCACUGGCUAGCCGGGCCUACAGAGGACGCUCCUUACGACUCAAUCGUGGCCUUUAGUAUGGAGGAGGAAUCAUUUGGAGAAGUCAUCAAGCUGCCCCAAAUGGAAGAUCUCUCGCAAUUCUCUCUUAAUCCGUGA